AAAGUCCUGUUCAUUACUCAGCUGCUGUACGUGCAUGUUCAGAUAUAUAAUUCUGUCUUGACGUAAAGUCUUCCGCAUUGUCUACUCGGAAAAAAGUAACUGGAUCAUUUCGGUAGCAUAAAAGCAUUGCACAAGUGAUUCGACGGGGACAUCAGCAGAUGAAACUUCCUUGUGGCCACUUGCUCGGUUUAAGGCGACUCAGUGCGGUGUGUUUGGCAGUGACAGGCAGGCGAGGUGUGUGCAGCGCGGGCAUGAGACUGGUGCAGUUCUAUCGCCACGGAGAUGGCGGCGGUGCGCGGGUCGGUGUGGAACAAGCAGAAGGUCAGGGGGUCAUCGACUUGAAGGCCUUUGACCCCUCUAUGCCUUGUAACAUGAAAGAGUUUCUGGAGAUGGGCGAGAAGGGCAUGGAAUGUGCACAAAGGGCUCUUUCCAGUGGCCAGUGUGUUGUCGCACGGUCCGAGUUGAAGCUGUUGCCCCCGGUUACGGCCCCGGAAAAGGUGGUGUGUGUGGGUAUGAACUACAGAGACCACUGCCUGGAGCAGAACGCCCCCAUCCCAGCAGAGCCAAUCAUCUUCAGCAAGUUCUCCAGUGCCAUCACCGGCCCCUACGACGACAUCCUCCUACCUGAGGAAAGCCAGGAGGUGGACUGGGAGGUGGAGCUGGCUUUUGUGAUUGGACGCAAAGGGAAACAUAUCAAGGAGGAGGAUGCUCUCUCACAUGUGGCAGGAUUCACAGUGGCCAACGAUGUCAGCGCCCGCGAUUGGCAGAUGCGACGCAACGGGAAGCAGUGGCUGCUGGGAAAAACCUUUGACACGUUCUGUCCUCUGGGACCUGCCCUGGUCACCACUGGAAGUGUGAAAGAUGUGCAUAAGCUGGGAGUCCGGUGUCUGGUCAACGGAGCAGUGGUCCAGGACAGCAACACAGACCAGAUGAUCUUCAGAACAGAGAAACUAGUGGCCUGGGUCUCCCGGUUUGUGACCCUGGUCCCUGGCGAUGUGUUUCUGACUGGCACUCCCCCAGGUGUGGGCGUGUUCAGAAAUCCACCCGUGUUCCUCAAGAAAGGGGACGUGGUCGAGUGCCAGAUUGACGAGAUUGGAGCCAUCCGUAACACAGUGGUGUGACAGGAUCCUUCUGCGCCGAACGGCACCGAACUGAUUUAAAAGUGCCUUUAUCUCAAUACUAGCCUGUUAGUGUUUUACCGCACACCCAGCGGCUGGUGAGAUCUGAUUCAUGGGCUCUCCAAGAGUGGCUUUCACAGCAAGAAAACACAUCUAAUGAGUAAAUAAAACACAAAAUGUCUGUCUUACAACCGACCUGUGACCCAUCUGUGUUGUACACAUAUCCACCUAGCAAAUGGCACAGUCAAGGCCACAGAGAAGGUCAUGUGAUUAUUGCUGUGCGAUUAUAGUCAGUCCUGCAAUGGAAAUCACUCUGUAUGUCACAAUUUGUACUGAUAAAGGAUCAAUAAUGAUUUCAA